AAGGCGUGGAAAUAAAGGUAGGUGGGGGUGUAGCACGGAAGAGGUACAUACAGGAAAGAAAAAAAAGAAAUGGCUGCACAUACACGUCACUGGGGGAAGCUGAACACACUGGGCAAUGUUUAAUUCGCACAAUUAUUUAUUCACCCCUGUUCCCGUUUAUGACCACGGAGCCAUCACAGCUCGAAGUGCGACUUCCUCUUUGUGCUCGGUGUGAGGCGUAUGUCGUCACCCUCACCGCCCGCAGGGGAGCGCUGACACUGUCACACCGCCGCUGAACUUCCCGUCAAGACGCGGCACGGGCGAAAAGAGCUGCUGUUGAGAGAAAAAGGGGAACGACAGCGGGACUUGUCAAGAAGAGAGGACACACUUAAGUCCUCAAGGCGUCUGGUCACAGAAAGGGUGCUAUUGUCCUCCAGCCGAUGGCGAGCAGAGGCGGUUCUGCUAAUUAGCCUGCGUUGGUCCCUGCAGAAAGGGAUAGAGCUGCUAGCUGCAACAGCAGGGUUUAAGGGGGCCGUUGUACACAUUUCCUCCACAGUCUGGACAUUUCUUCUGUGACUGGUCUUAUUUCUAAUGAUGGGGUCCUUCAGCGGAUAGUACCCUCCCACCCUUCCGUUUAACCCCACCGUCGCACCCUGGCUCGGAUUCGCCCCUCGGGCGCUGUCCUCGCAGGGGGGUAACGGGUUCACCAUCGCCCGGUAGAGCUAACUACAGGCGGCGGUUUGGUCUUCGUGACCCUUGGCCGCCUUGCCUCGUCUCUCUGCCCCUCUGUCCCUAACCGAGUCGGAACAUGGCAGGGAACCUGAAGAAAGGUGGGGGGAUCAUCGGAAUGAUGAAGGAUGCCUUCCAGCCACACCAUCACCACCUCCACUCCCAUCACCAGCCCGGGGCCGUCGACAAGAAAACUGUGGAGAAAUGCUGGAAGCUGAUGGACAAGGUGGUGCGGCUGUGCCAAAACCCCAAACUGGCUCUGAAGAACAGCCCCCCUUACAUCCUCGACCUGCUGCCAGACACCUACCAGCACCUGCGCACCAUCCUGUCUCGCUACGAGGGCAAGAUGGAGACUCUGGGAGACAACGAGUACUUCCGGGUCUUCAUGGAGAACCUGACCAAGAAGACCAAGCAGACCAUCAGCUUGUUCAAGGAAGGCAAGGAGCGCAUGUACGAGGAGAAUUCGCAGCCCAGACGAAACCUCACCAAGCUGUCGUUGAUCUUCAGUCACAUGCUGGCUGAGCUGAAAGCCAUCUUCCCCAAUGGCCUGUUUCAAGGUGUCAGCUUUCGCAUAACCAAAGCUGAUGCUGCAGAGUUCUGGACCCGCGCCUUCGGAGACAAAACCAUUGUGCCUUGGAAGGUGUUCCGUCAGUCUCUCCAUGAGUUUCAUAACAUCAGCUCUGGUCUGGAGGCCAUGGCUCUCAAGUCCACCAUAGAUCUUACCUGCAACGAUUAUAUCUCAGUGUUUGAGUUCGAUAUCUUCACUCGGCUAUUCCAGCCUUGGUCAUCCCUGCUGCGAAACUGGAACAGCUUGGCUGUUACUCACCCAGGGUACAUGGCCUUCCUCACAUACGAUGAGGUCAAAGCUCGGCUGCAGAAAUUCAUCCACAAGCCUGGCAGUUAUAUCUUCCGUCUGAGUUGCACUCGACUGGGCCAGUGGGCCAUCGGUUACGUGACAGCCGAUGGGAAUAUUCUCCAAACCAUUCCCCAUAACAAGCCCCUCUUCCAGGCCCUCAUUGAUGGUUUCAGAGAAGGCUUCUAUUUAUUCCCCGAUGGCCGGACUCAGAACCCCGACCUGAUGGGUCUGUGUGAGCCUUCACCUCAAGACCACAUUAAAGUCACACAGGAGCAAUAUGAGCUGUACUGUGAGAUGGGCUCCACUUUCCAGCUCUGUAAAAUCUGCGCAGAGAAUGACAAAGAUGUGAAGAUCGAGCCCUGUGGCCAUCUGAUGUGCACCUCCUGUCUCACCGCCUGGCAGGAGUCGGAGGGUCAGGGAACGGGAUGCCCCUUCUGCCGGUGUGAGAUUAAAGGUACAGAGCCGAUUGUUGUAGAUCCUUUUGACCCCAAGGACAACAGCGGGGGCUCAAGUCGGGCCGCCAUGGGAGCCGAGGGAGCUCCAUCGCCAAGCUACGAUGAUGACGAUGACGACAGACUUGAAGACCCCCACCUGGUGAUGAGCAAACUUGCUGGCACAAAGGUGGACCGCCCCCCAUCACCCAUGUCCAUGCCCCCUCAGUCAUCUCUUCCCCCAGUGCCUCCCAGACUUGACUUGUUACCACACAGACCUCCAAACCCCCCUGGUGCCUCCAGUCCAGGGGCCACCAGUAAGGCAGCAACACAUCACAAAGACAAGCCUCUUCCACUUCCCCCUGCACUGCGGGAUCUCCCCCCACCCCCUCCUCCAGAUAGACCCCACGCAGGCGGGGCGGCUCCAGAAGCUCGGCAUCCAAGACGGCCCCUACCCUGCACUCCAGGGGAGCCCCUGCGAGAUAAGCUCCCUCCCACUCCCCCAAACCGUCCUAUGGCUGACUGGAACUCCAGACCCGUUCCCAAAGCUCCCACCCCAUCUUCUUCAUCGUCUUCACCAUCCUCCUCAUCCACUCACGUGCCCAGCCUGGGGGGCGACCUCAGAGCAGGUGUCAGGGAGCUCUCCAACAGACACUCCCUCCCCUUGGCGCUGCCCUCUGUGCUGGACAACCGCGCCGACUCUCAGAAGAACAACAGCUCCCUCAGUCUGGACCAGCAGCUGAGUUUUUCUGCAAUAGUUUCUCAAGAUUACGACAACCCCAAAGUGAAACCAUCAGCCUCGGCCAAUGCCAUCUACGCACUGGCAAACAGACCGUCUCAAGGUUUGAGGCAAGUGCCCGGAGAGGAUGGGUGUGACAGCGAGGAAGACUCUGAGUACAUGAUCCCAUCAUCUCGCCCCAUUGCCGUCCCAUCAGUACCAGACACCCUACAAGUCCAAAGGCCCCCACAGCCUCUGACACAAACUCAAGCCCCUGCAGUCAACUCACGGCUCACGCUAGGUGAAGAGGACGGGCCGAUAUCGCAUGAAGCCAUGUACAGCGUCCAGCCGAGGUCACAGCAAGCCAGAGAUUCAGAUUACUCAGAGCUGCCUCCCCUGCCGGUCACCAACGGGCCCAGAGACCACGCAGCGGAGGACAGAGAGGAAGAGGAAGAGGAUAACGGCUACGACUUCCCAAAGCCCCGGCUACCACAGCCCCCUGCUCGGCGGACCUUUUCAGAAAUGGGGGGGUCUCUGUCUUCAUCUUCAUCCUCCUCAUCGUCAUGCUCCUCCUCCGUGGCAGCCUUUAGCCGCCUUUCCCUAGAUUCAGAUUUUGGAGCUGCGGCAUCUGCUUUAGAGCUAGCCGAAGCACCGGAGAGACCUCCGAAGCCGCUUCCCAGACGGAUCAACUCGGAGCGCCGCCACAGCCCCGUCCCGCCUGUGCCCGCUCCGCCCGGCGGCGGCGCAGCGGGCGGGGAGGCCAACCCCCUGAUCAACAGCGAGAUCGAGCACCUCAUGAGUCAGGGCUACUCCUACCAGGACAUCCAGAAAGCUCUGAUGAUUGCACAGAACAAUAUAGAAAUGGCCAGGAACAUCCUGCGUGAGUUCGUCUCUGUUCCCUCCACCGCCCACAUUUUCACAUAGCAGAUUGUGGCGCCCACGAAUCGCGGUUUGCUCUCUUUGCCCUAGCUUGGCUCAGCCUGGUUUGGUUUUGGUCGGCGCAGACCCGACCAGAAAAGCCUACUGCCUCCAGGACUACGUAAAGUGCUGCCUGACACCCUACAUACCCCCCCACCCCCCUCCCACCAAGCCCUCUUGUGGUUUCUGACCUGGCUGUUACUCAGCAAGCUCACAGUAUCUGCAGGAAUCUGCGCCAGGCACUCCAUGCGCUUUCAAAAGUGUCAUGCUCUUUUUUUUCUUUCUUUUUUCUCUUUGAGUGUUUGGUUUCAGGAGCAUCUCCUCAGGACCGCCCAAACGCGGCGACCCGAGACUUUCAUAGGAAUCUGCCGAAGACAGACUCUCAUCUUUCUUGUUGAAGCCUCUCGCUGAAAAUAUAAUCAACACCUCACAAGGAAAACUAAGUGUAUGUCUAUAUGAGAAUUUAAUAUAUAAGUAAGUAUAUAUUAAGUGUGUGUAAUAUAUACAGUACGUGCAUAAAUAAUAUGUGAAAAUGGUUCAGUUUGGAGGGUUGCUCUUGGUACCACUGCAGGGGUAGCGGGGAGGCGACGGGGGGGGACAGGAGUCGGAUUACGGGAAGGCAGGAAGGAAGAGGAAGGACGAAUCGGGCGUCUUCCUCACCAGGAUGCGUUAGUCAGCAGAACCUUGGAAACGUGCAGCAGAGCUUUUCAUCUUGACUUUAGUCGGAUACGGCCUUUAAUUAAUGUUGCUUUGGUACUUUUUUUUAUUAUUUUUUUUAAACAAAAAAAAAA